AUGUCAGCAAAAAUCGUUCUUUUGUGCUGUCAAGCCUUUUUCAUUCAGGCUAUCUCCGGACAAUGUCUGCCCUACAAUGCCUGGAUCUCACCAUGCGCAGCCGAAAGAUGGGCAGAACAAUCUGCGGUAGCUAAUUUGGAAAAUAUUGCUCUUGCUGAAUCUAGAUACGGCUAUGGCUACCCAUCUGGUCUCGGUGCUGCAUCCGUGGCCGCUUCUAAUGGCGGUGGUCUUACCGUGUUUAGCUCUUCACCAAUUGCUCCAAACGGCGUUUCGUUGUUCUCCGAAAACGCAAUUGAGGGUGCCUUAGCUGUCGCUGGCGAGCUACCGUUCUUAGGAACAGUUGCUUUGGAAGGUGCCUUACCAACCGCUGGAGCUGGUUCAGUUGCUUAUGGUAGCGGAAACGGAAAUGUCGGAAUCAUGAACGAAUAUGGUGCUGAUAUAACUUUAUCAAGUUUACUUGUAACGCCGUAA